CAUGGGUACGAGUGAGUGCAACCUGGCUUUCCACAACGUAGGGGUUCCGGCCAUUGUCGAGUGCGAGGUUUGUGUUACUACGCAGGUGUUCCGAGUUCGUGUUUUUCCCGCUUUCGUUAGCGCGGGAGCUGUCGACUUGGGUACAUCACAGAUUUUUGGUGCCGUGACCAGGAUAACCUUGUCCCAUUGCUAUGUGAAAGGAGGAAUCUUGUGUGUUUUGAUUUUGUUUACUAAUUUGUGUUUUGUUUUGUCAGACCUACUGCCGUGUCUGUGUUUUUAGGUUCCCAACGUUGGAAAUGGAUGUGCCCAUGCCUUUUGUUGAUACGCCACCAGCGGACACCGAAGUUGAGGUUGUUACGGAGCCUAUGACCGAUUUGGAUUGUUUGAAGAUGAUGGUGCAGAGGCAAGCUACUACGUUAGAGGAGUUUGUACGGGAUCAGAGGAAGGUCAACCAAGAAUUUCUCAACUCGUUGGUGCAAUUGACGCGAUCCAAUGCCACCGCCAGUCCCAGCGCUGUUCCCGCAGAAGCCACCGUGAUAGCUCCAUCAUUGUGCGAACCACCAACAGGUCAGUGUAUUGUUAACCCCCUUGCUUCUUCUACUCCACAACCUAUUGCUGCUGCAUCUAGGGUGAUUGAUAGAGUGAAUGUUUCCGAGUGGAAGGAGGUCGCUAUGUCCUUGGCUAAACGAUCUUUGGUUGGUCCUUUGGUUGAGAAGCCACUGUUUAAUCCAGUUCGUUUUCACCCAGUAAUCUUUUUGGAACGUUUUGAUAGGUAUUUUCGUUUAGCACGUUUCGAUGAAGUGGAGAAGUUAGAGGUUGUUCGGGGUUGCUUAAUAGGAACCGCUUUGGAUUGGAUGAGUGUCCGUGGGAAGAGUUGGCGAGAUUUUGAACAUUUCAAGGGUGAUUUCCUAGCAUAUUUUUGGUCAAUAGAUCAACAACACGCUGAGAGAACUCGAUUGACCAGCAAACGGUUCAUUGCAGAGGGAGGGUUGUCAAUGCCGCAGUAUUUUUUAAAGCAGGUUUCCCUGUUCCGAGCCUUCCAACCACCUAUUCCGGAGGAAAUGAUUGUAGCCGAUAUUAUGCGUCAGUAUCCGCAAAGUAUUAGGGCAUUGUGGGCCGUUUGUCCAGUUCGGGAUGUUGAUGGUGCUCUCAAGUUUUUAGAACGUCAGGAUGUGGCGGGAGAUAAGAGGCCAAGAACCUUCUCGGAACCUGUUUCCGCUGUGGUUGCUCAGAGACCUCGUUUAGAUGAAGACUCCGAUGACCAAGAGGUUGUUCGCAAUUUAGUCUACCCUUUUCCACCACCUAGUGUCAGCGUUGUGCGGGGUUCUAGCGGCAUGGGAUCGGGAAAUGCCAACAGGAAGGGAUAAGAAGGUGUCUGCUUCCGUCAAAGAUCAAUUUCUUCAUUACUUCUUUUAUUAAUCUAUCUUGUAGGAUGGUCUUCGAUUCAAAUAAUUCAACUACAUAUUUUCAACGUCUUUUCUCAUCUUCUACUAACAUUGCUAACUUCACUCUGUUUAAAAAAAAAAAAAAAAACCCCGUGUCUAAACUACCCACAUUUCGAUGGUGCAUAAUUUGAAUUUAACUAUUACAAUCUAGAGCGCCAGGGGCGUGGAUGUGUAAGUAUCGAGGUGUGUUUUGACUGUAGGGGCGGAGAUUAGAAGGAUUUCAACUUAGAGUUGCUUUUAUUUUAGGAUGUUUCUCUUUAUAGGAUGAUAAUCUGAUUUUUCAACUUAGAGUCGUUUUUAUUUUAGUGUUGUAAUCUUUAUAGGAUAAUCUGAUUUUUGUUUUUUUGUUGUAUUUCUUUUGUUUUUUUUUUCAGUUUAACCAUAGGAACAAUAUUAAUACAUUAUUUUUUUGUUACAUGUACGAGUUCGAUAAAAAAAACCUUUGGAUGUUGGAAAACCCCUGUCUGAUGUGCACCAUUCAGCGAUUUCCCAAAGGGGCGAUCUGAGAUGUCUGCUUUCAAAUUUCAAACAAGAAGUUCCGUUACCGUAUAUUGAGACACCGUUUAAGCUACCGUUGCCAGAUACCGAGCCACAAUUCAAUAGCGUUCCCAUGAAAAAACAAUAGGUUUAUUAUUCAACAAUGUAUUCAGUCUUCAAUGUCAGCAAUUAUAACAAUAGUAGUCUGUAUAGGGAGGAAAUGGUGGAUAGAUUUAGUUUUUGCCGAGUUAGCUUUUCGAGUUCCCACAGGUUCAUUUUUGUUCUUUGAGUUCACUUUGCUUUGGGUAGUCAGUUAGUGUGGUGUUCAUUGUAACAGAAAGGUAAUGUACUUAGUUGUAAUUGAUUUAUAUUGUAGAUUAUGUUGCCUUCAGCUAGUUGUAAUGCAGGGUAAAGUGAUUCUUGAAUUUGGUGUAAUUUGCUUUCAUGUAAAAGUGGUUCUUGUUUGAUUUGUUGAAGAUUGGCCAGUUAUCAAUUUUCAUGUGUUUGUUUUGAACCCAUUUAGAUUGAUUAGCGACUUCAAUUCUUUGUGUAUGAAUCAGCCUUUUUUGAGUGUAAUUAACCGUUUCGCCCUUGCAGAGGUACAUGCCGGAGUGAUAAAGAUACUUAGCGGCAUGUAUUUCGAACGACAACUUUAGUCUAAGGUUACCGUAUCCAGGAUCUUAGAUACCUGCUAGAUUGGAGGAGGUCUGGCUAAUUAAUGAUGUUUAUUUUAUGCACUUUAUGUAAGAGACUUCGGAAUGUAUCUUUCACACAUGAGAAAGGAUUGAAGGUGCUUUUUAAAUCUACUUGUGAUGGCCAUCCUUUAACUUAUCAAGUUUGUAUUGCAUUAACGUCAGAUUUCAAUCUGUACAAUUCAAGAGUUACUUACUCGGAUUAUUAUUCUUUGUAUAACUAUUGUAGCUGUGUUGUAAAAUGUGUUUAGCGUUAUCCAAUGUUACCUCUCAUUCUCCAGAUUUUCCCUCUAGAUUUCACCUCUGUGAACAGUGAGUCGGAAUUUUCUUUAGCACGGUUCUUUUGUCCGAUGAGUUCUAGGGGAACCUGGCACUUUUUGGCUUUAAAUGUAUUCUGUCUAAAUUUGUAGGAUGUCUUUCGGCCUUUUGAUUCAUUUUUUACACUUUUGAUCAGUUCUUUAAUAAACUUUAUUUGUGUUUCAAUUUCAA